AUAAUACCCCUUCUAGUCCCUUGUCACACACAGUCUUGCCUCUCUGCAUCUCACUAUGGGGAUAUAUAUACCGAGUCAAUGACAUUCCAUUCUAUUUGUACGCAGAAAACUAGCGUAUUUCUACCACCGUAUUUCCUUGUGUUUAUCUUCUUCCCUAGGAAAACAUUUCCCCCUCUCGGAGUACGAGAGAAAGAAUAUGAUUUGAAGACUGAGAGGGGGUAACGGAGCUACUCCAUGGACUAUGCCUCACCCUGCCUGAGGCUGCUUAUUCCAGAUCAUACAGAAAGCGCUAAACUGUAGUGUGUGGAUAUAUGGAGAUCAGAGAAUACAUCUGUGAUUUUGUCCAACUCUAAUUCCAAUCAAGUGCUAUUCUUGAAUACUUGAUAAUCUGCUCACUGGUGAGAAAAAACAUAGCUGCAGACCGUUGUAUGAGGCUUAAAAAAAGCAUUCCUUCUUUGCUGCUAAACUCUGAAGCUAUGGUAGAAGGCCAUUCUUGUUUGGUCUCAAGCUGGUCUUGCAUGAGCUACUGGCUUGAUGGGAAGGGAAAAAGGCCCCUGGAAGGUAACAAUCAUGAUGGGGAACAUUCUCUCAGGAAAUUUCCCAGACAACAAGUAACUCAUGUUUAUGAUUUUAAUAAAGUCGAUGAUGGGAUGCUAAUGGUCUUAUCACAAGAUGAUGAUCAGCAAUCCGAUGGGGCAAAUGCUGACACUAGCAGUCUAAUUCCUGGAAUUGGUCAAGACAACUCCAUUAGCUGUCUUGUUCGUUGCUCAAGGUCUGAUUAUGGCAACAUGGCUGCUUUAAACAGAAGCUUUCGCUCAUUAAUUAGAAGUGGUGAGCUCUACAAACUAAGACGCAUGAAUGGUAUAGUUGAGCAUUGGGUUUAUUUCUCAUGCAACAUGUUGGAAUGGGAAGCUUUUGAUCCCAUUCGCCGCCAUUGGAUGCGUCUUCCAAAAAUGAACUCUAACGAAUGUUUUGUCUACUCAGACAAGGAAUCUUUGGCUGUCGGAACGGAGCUACUUGUGUUUGGAAAGGAGAUCCUGACCCAAGUCAUCUAUCGUUACAGCCUGUUCACCAAUUCGUGGUCAUCGGGUAUGACAAUGAAUGAGCCGCGGUGUUUGUUUGGUUCUGCCUGCCGAGGGGAGAUUGCUAUCUUGGCAGGUGGUUGUGACUUGCAGGGUAAGAUCCUUAGCUCAGCCGAGCUUUAUAACUCUGAGACAGGAUUGUGGAAGUCAUUACCAAACAUGAACAAGACACGGAAGAUGUGUUCUGCGGUGUUCAUGGAUGGGAAGUUUUAUGUGAUAGGGGGUAUCGGUGGAGCCGAAGCAAAACUGUUGACGUCCGGGGAGGAAUAUGAUCUUGAGAGGGAUGUUUGGACUGAGAUACCAAAUAUGUCCCCACCUCGUGGUGGGGAAGCUAGGGGAAAUGCCAUACCAUCUACAUCUGAAGCACCACCUUUGAUUGCAGUAGUAAAUAACCAAUUGUAUGCUGCUGAUUAUGCUGACAUGGUGGUAAGGAAGUAUGACAAGGAAAACAGAGUUUGGUUUACGAUUGGGAGAUUGCCCGAACGUGCAGAUUCCAUGAAUGGUUGGGGGCUGGCUUUUAGAGCAUGUGGCGAUAGCCUUAUCGUAAUUGGUGGACCUAGGGCUACAAGCCCAGGGUUCAUUGAAGUGAACUCGUGGAUCCCCAGCGAAGGACCGCCGCAAUGGCAUAUGCUUGGUCGAAAGCAAUCAGGUAGUUUUGUGUAUAAUUGUGCUGUGAUGGGUUGCUAAGGACGUAGGACUCUUGCUAAUGGGUAUUCCACCCCCUCCAAACAACAUUCAUUUUGUUGCUUUUAUUCAUAGCAUUAUUGUUUUCGUUUCCCAAGUGGGAUGAAUAUAGGGAGGAUUAUCAAAAGCCUGCUGAAUAUAGGGAGGAUGAAUAUAGGGAGGAUUAUUGUUCUCAAGGACCCAUUGAGCGUUGACUUUUUCAGCAUCGACGUCUUCUUUAAGCUUAAUGAUACAUUUGAUGCAUGAAUCGGGAAAGGAGGCUUGCGUACAAACAGAAAAAGGAUAGGAAAAUAACAUUGAGGGGGUGGGAGCAGUACAGAAUACUGGUUCUUGAUUAGUUUAUCUUCAAACUUCUCACAGUGCAUGAAGUUUGUUUUCUUGGAAUUGUUGAUGAUGAAAAAAUGGUCUUCAAGACUCUGUCAGGAACAUGGCGAUGUACUUGACAAACUUCUUUCUUUCUUUCUUUCCCUUUUUCUAUUUUUUAAUGAACGCCUUUAUUGUCCAUUCAUUGGCUCCUGCUAAGUAGUUUUUAUGAACUUUGUCAUGUAUUUAUGGUCAUUAAAUUAUGUCAAUACAUCCUAAUUUUAUGUCAUUCAUGUUGGUUUUGUGUAGCAUUGCCUG